CUUUAACUCCGGUUAACACUUCUACUGCAGGCUACGCUUUGACAGAGCCACUGUCUGCACAAUCCAGCACUAGUGAUGUGGUAUAUUUACACUGUGGACUGAGCAAUGCAGUAAGUAAACACACAGGUGACACCUGUGCACCCGCAGCAUCUGACUGUUCAUUUUCUAUGUUAAAGCCACGUGACCGUGGUUUGCAGGUAAACACGUACCCCAAUGUUUAUUUAAAUAUUCAGCAGUCCUGUGGCCAUUGUAGCGGUGUAGGAGGGACAUUUGUUUUUGACAUAAUGGAAAUAGCAGCAGGUCACGUGACUCGGGGAUAUAUCAGCGCAGGAGGACAACACAGACCGGGAGACAGCAGCGAAGUGCGCGUCGGAGCUGCUCUCGGUCCAGCUCCUGGCUUCGUCUUUGUGCGACUAAGCUACCUUUUACUGUAUACAGUCAUUUCUUUCCAACUUCAGCUACAGUGAUAGCUAAGUUUGGAAAGGGGAAAAGGGGAGAAACGUCGUGUCCUUUUGUCUCUUUUGUGUCCGCCGGGGUCGACCUGCUUUGCGCUACACAAAAGAGGAGAUAACGCAGGCUGUGUCUGAGCUACAUUUAUAAAAACUGCCGUUUGGAUAGCUUUAAAAUGGACAACGCUGGACCUAAGAAGACCUGCUGUGAAUCAGUCCGAGAAUUCUUCACCUCGGCCAAGUUCCUUAUUUACAUGGGCCAUGCUAUGUCUACAUGGGGUGACCGCAUGUGGAACUUUGCUGUGGCUGUUUUCCUGGUAGAGCUCUAUGGGAACAGCCUGCUGCUCACCGCUGUGUACGGGCUGGUGGUGGCCGGCUCUGUGCUGGUGCUGGGGGCCAUCAUCGGGGACUGGGUGGACAGAAACCCCAGACUGAAAGUGGCCCGGACUUCGCUGGUCAUCCAGAACAGUUGCGUCAUCUUGUGUGGGCUCCUCCUGAUGGCUGUUUUCCAAUUCAGAGAGCAGCUUGUGGAGCUCUACAAUGGAUGGAUUCUGACCACUUGCUACAUUCUGGUCAUCACCAUCGCCAACAUCGCCAACCUGGCCAGCACGGCUACAUCCAUCACCAUCCAGCGGGACUGGGUUGUGGUUGUGGCAGGCCAGGACAGCAGCAAGUUGGCAGACAUGAAUGCCACAGUGCGGAUCAUCGACCAGCUGACCAACAUUCUGGCCCCCAUGCUGGUGGGCCAGAUAAUGGCCUUUGGUUCUCAUUUCAUUGGCUGUGGCUUCAUCUCUGGCUGGAACCUGUGCUCCAUGUGUCUGGAGUACGCACUGCUGUUGAAGGUCUACAAGUCGACACCAGCGUUGGCUGUGAAAGCCGGGCAAAAGGAACAGGAGCUCAAACAGCUCAGCCCCUCCAAAGACGUGGAGCGUGACCAGAGUCCUGAGGAGUUUUCUCAGCCACUGAUGAAUGAAGCCUCAGUGGUGGCGAAGCCCGACUCUCCCAAGCAGCACGGCUGUUGCUACCAGGUGACAGAACUCUUGCGCACUCUCAGAGCCGGCUGGGUGGCCUACUACAAUCAGAACAUCUUCUUUGCUGGCAUGUCCCUGGCUUUCCUCUACAUGACGGUGCUGGGCUUCGACUGCAUCACCACAGGCUAUGCCUACACGCAGGGCCUCAACGGCUCGGUGCUCAGCCUGCUGAUGGGAGCCUCGGCUGUGUCAGGCAUCUGUGGCACUGUCGCCUUCACUUGGAUUCGCAAGAAGUGUGGCCUGAUCCGUACAGGCUUUAUCGCAGGCACGGCUCAGCUGUCCUGCCUCACGCUGUGUGUCGCGUCCGUCUUUGCUCCCGGGAGCCCCUUCGACCUCAGCGUCUCACCCUUCCAGGACCUGUACGAACACUUGAUCGGAGGGAAGACCCUGCCCGAGGCCGAGUACAGCCUCACCACCGUCCACACCGGUGGAAAUGCCACCACUGCUGCACCGACCGAAGAGCUGCCACCUCUGCAGUCCUACAUGUCUGUUAGCCUGCUGUUUGCUGGAGUCAUUGCUGCUAGAGUUGGCCUGUGGUCUUUUGACCUGUCAGUCACCCAGCUCAUCCAAGAGAAUGUGAUCGAGUCGGAGCGAGGUGUGAUCAAUGGCGUCCAGAACUCCAUGAAUUACCUCUUAGACCUGCUGCACUUCAUCAUGGUGAUUCUGGCUCCAAACCCAGAGGCCUUUGGCCUGUUGGUCAUCAUCUCUGUCUCCUUCGUAGCAAUGGGCCAUGUCAUGUACUUCUGUUUUGCCUUUAAGAGCCUGGGAAGCCGUCUCUUCCUCUGCUGCUCACCAGAGCAGAAGGUGGAGACAGUAGACAGCCCCUCACUUCCUGCCAUCGUCUAACCCCAUUAAAGAGACUCUGUCCUGGGUACAUAUUUCUCAAGCCUUACCCUAUCCCUGCAUCUUUUUUUUUUAUCUAACUAACAUCAUAGCUUGUAGCUCACAGAAUGCUAAAGCUAGCAAUAACUACAGAAAGCUAACUUAACUUGCUUUGUAUAGCUAUUAGUAAAGUAUUAAUCAUUAGAAGGAGGUGGGUAGAAAGCUUCUAGUCAGGGAAAGCAAAUGCAUAGUAAACUUUAGAUAAGGUAGGGUUUCAUGUGAGAUCCUGAGCCUUUCGUUGACGGGUCCCGGUUUCUUAACAAAUACAUACAAUGUCAGGCAAGGAGCCAUCACUUCUGGGCUUGUGACGCUCUUGUUAAUAAAAUCAGGGGACAAGCUACAGGAAAAUCAGCCUGGGUCAAGCUGUGAAGGUACCUCUGCUAACAGCACAAAAUGAGAGCCGUGUUGCAUGGAAGCAGACACCAAGGCUUGAACUGGGAGGGCAACUGUCUCAAAUACAGAACAUCCCGUUUUUUGGCGCUUCACUGAUCCUAUAGCCGUGUCUGUUAGCCGUUCUCUGGUAGCCUAGUCUUGGUUGUGUCAGUUUGUGGAUGUCUUCCUCCAGAAGGGGUGGAUACUUGUCCUUUGACCAAACACAAAACUGGGAUGUAGUCUCUUUAAUACAUGGCUGUCGGUUAAGGGUUACGUAUGCAAUUAACCAUAUUUAUUCAGGAAAUGUGGACGGCGGUUUUUAUAGUUAUUGUAUUAUCAGCAUUGUGUUGAAUACUCAUGAUUGUUCCAUAAGAAACAAGUCCUAUGCACCUUUUCUCAAUAGUUAUCUCAAUUACCAAAGUCAAAGUCCAUUUGUGGGAUAAGAGGAAGUGAGGGAAACGACUUAUCGCAACAAAUUUCUAUAUCAGGUGACAGUAGUUGUGUAUGUUCUCUAAUGCUUUGUGCAAGAGUAUAUCAGAAUAUUUCUAACCCACUCUGAGAUUCUACGCAGAUAGUGUUUUUCUGGUAGCUUAACAUCGGUAGUUUCAUUUUGAAUCUUUGAACUUUUAUGUUUGAGCUCUGCAGUGGUUUCUCAGUCAUGAUUGUUGUUACAUGGGCACUUUAAGUGUUUGACAUCUGUCAUUACACCCAACGAAUGAUCAGACAUAUGAUCAAUAUUUUUUGCACAAGGCUGAAGUCCCAACACCCCCAGCACCCCCUUGCACAUACUUAGUUCAAUCACUUAUAGUCUCACUCUCAAAAAGGCACAUAUUGCAAAACCAAAUGUUCAUGUGAAAAAGUGCAAAAAAUGAAAACACACACACACACACACAGUAUAUACCUCAGAUAGCCCUGUUUCCUCGAGAACUGCCAGAGAGCUUAGUCAGCACCCCUUAUCUGCUCUCGGUCUACAGCUCCAGGCUGCCGACAAACUCUGGACCUGAACUCAGUCAGGGCUUUUCUUUUCAAGCUUCAACAGUGGAGGAAGCAUUUUACUCAUGUCAAAGUUUUGUCUGAUGUCUUGUGUUGAUAUCUUUAGCUUUAUAGUACUAGUGUAGAAAAUGUAUUUAAUAGUAGCUUUUGUGUGCUGCCUUUCCUAUGAAGUGAUUUAACAGAUUAAGCAUUGUCUUUGUUAGUGUCUCCAAAAACAGUUUGAAAUCACAGACACUGGGAAAAUAGCUUUGCUUUUCUAGAUUCUGAGCAACAAAUAUUGGUAGCUAUAACUAAUGAAGCUGUAACUGAUUCCUUUCCACCUUCAUUAAUUUCUUUAUUGUCAACUUGCCUUGACUUGUUAAACACACAUGGCUACUAGCCGCACCCUGCCCAUGAAAAAGCUAGUGAGCGUAGCCAAGGUUUGGGUAACAGUGGGGGGCAGGGUGCUAUUUGGGUUGGAAACAGAGGUGGCCACACCAGAUGUAGGAGUACAGACAACCACUUUUUAGCUUUGCAUUCCUAUGCGGCCUGGCAGAAGAAGUGGUGAACCAGGAUGUCUGCAGGUGUGCCAUGACCUGCACACUCACUGGGAAUGGAGCUUUUUGGUGCAUUUUUGUUUUCCACCCACAUUUACUGUAACCUCAUACUCAAGUCUGCUGAUUCAGGAAUAUCACACCUGGCUGUAAACGCUAUAUUUUUUUAAUGUAAAUAUCAUUAGUCAGUCUGUUAAACUGUACGUAACUAUACAAUUAGAAAAUGAAAAAAAUUCAUUGUGUAAACUGUGUCAUGCUGUUUGUCUGAAAACUUUUUUUUACCUAGUGUAACCAAUAUUUUGUGUCAAAUUAAGGAUUCCUAAUGAUUUUUUGAAUUUGUGUAUAAAGCAGUUCCUGCAUUUUCUUCAUUUUAUUUGAAUACAUCUGAAUUAUACUGCGU